AAUAGUCACUAUUUCAAGCUCAGCAGUUUGUCAUGAUCCUCUCUGGUUGGAAAACUGUGGUGUUAUAGGAUCUUGGGCUAAACCUGUACAUCACUACAGCAAGCUGAGACAUUAAACCACCAGAGGUCAGAAAAGACAGAAUUUUCAGGGGGUGUUACAGCCUUUACUUUAAGUCGUAAGAGCUGCUGUGUAUAGAGAAACAUUUCUGGCUGUCAACUCAUAGUGGUGGUAUCAAAAAGGCAUUGUAGUUGACAGCAAUGUAUCUUGCUACCGUCUUAACUGGGAUUGUAUUUUUUUGUGUUUGUUUUUUGCCAAAAGAAAAAAGAUUAUGCCAGCAGACUAAAUUUGAAAGUUGCUAGAAUAACAUAGCUGUAAAUAAUUCUGCAUGCACCAGCUUUAAAUCUGAGUGAGGAUUUUGCGGUAGGUAAAAAUCAAAAUCUCAAGCACCAAUGUAAGACACCUACAAGCUUACAUGACUAAGUGUUACGCUUCCAUUUUCUGAUCCCUUCCUUCAAAUGUUCCAGAAAUCCUCCCCUUUACCUGAAACACAAUCAGUUGUUGUUUAAUAUACAAAAGCCCCCAUACACUAAGUAAUGUGUGGAACUACAAGUGUACAAAGUGAUAGAUAACAGCAGAGUAUUUUGACACUAAAAGACAGUUGCACUUUUCAGCCACAAGAGGGGAAUAGAUUCAAACAAAGCUUGGUUUUGUACAGAGAUGUGGACAGAAAACAUUUUGGAGCGGUGCACAGUAUCACAGCACAAACACAGGUUCAUACACCACCUGUAUAUAGUGGACAGAAUUUUACUGCAUCAAAUGAAGCCAAAGCGAUCACUACAUACCAUUAGUGGUAAAUGAGAAUAUAUGCAAUUUAAAGGAUAUCUUUGGGAUUUUGGAACAUGGGCCUUAUUUUCCCAUGUUUUGGGGAGUAAAUGUUGACAGAGAUGGUUUCUGUCUAUAUGUGUAAUAUUUGGAAUCAGUGCAGUAUUGAUCAAGAAUAGUCAAGUCACAACAUGUGAACAGCUGCUGCUAUGUAAUCCAAUGGACAAUUGUUCAUGUCAGUGUACAGUAUAUCCACUAAAGUGCUUGUUCUUGUCACUGACAGGUUCUGACAACAUAAAGAGUAACCAUAAACAUCAGUGUAUAUCACUACCAGACUCCACUGACAAAAACAGGAAUUUUACCAAGCAGAACACAGGAGCUUCUGGGAUACUACUGUUAGUUUGUUUGUGUUACUAUGUGACUUUCAGUGGUAGAAGAAGUAUUCAGAUCCUUUACAUACAUAAAAGUACCACACAAUAACUCCAUUAUCCCAUGUUCAUUAUGUCUUCAGAUGUUUAGAUACAUGGUUGAUAGCUGUCUAAUGAAACUGUGUAUCUCCAAGUGCUAACAGUAUUAAUCUUUUCAGAUAAACUGAAGGGUUACAUGCUCCUCUGUGAAUUCUCCAAUUAAACCCACUGUUUCUGGAAAGAACAUAUUCUUAUCGAGCUUCACACCAGCUACUUAAACAUGCACACAUCAUGUUUAUGCUGUAAGUUCACACAUAAGUCUCUGCAUAAGUUAUAAUUAUUUAGUUCUCACAAUUAAGAUUCAAGGCAGUUUGUUUUUGUUUUGUUUUGUUUUUUUCCUUAGUGGCAUCAAGGUCCACUGAAUAAUUAACCUAAAGAAAAGCUCUUCAUUUAAUAGAUUCAACUUUUCAAGUUUAGGGAGCACAUUUAAAGGUUUUCAGCCUGACUGCACAAUUUAUUCUAUUAUUCUAUUACUGCAAUUCUCCUAUUACUAUCCCUGACCUUUCUGAAGCUCACCAUUGUGUAUUCUCUCCAGGACUCCGCUAGUUGAAUAUGUUAAUAAGAAUGACUCACUAACUCCUGUGUUGGAGGGUAUCUUUGUGUGGGGAGCAACACAGAAGAAGACAGAUGGUGAGACGUGAUCUACUGGUCAGCAGCAGUCCCUUUCAGAAUUCCAUGUGUAUCAUCAGUGUGAAGUCUCCAAAUGAAACUACAUUUCAUGCUGGGUGAUGGAGUUGGAGAUGGAGAGCUGCUGGCAGCGUGUGUUCAAGCUGCUUCUCCUGCUCUGCCUCAUGACUCUCCACAGCUCGGCCAUCGAGACCGUGAAUGUGGUAGACUUCUGUGGCCAGAUGAUCCGGGGAGAUGGCAUGAUUGUCAACUCGCACCAGGAAUCCAAGAAGUACUACUUUGUGACCAUGGGGACCGAUUGCCACCUCACCAUGCAGGCCAACUCUCCUAAAGACAAAGUCCAGUUCCACUUCCGCUUCUUCCUGGUCUACAGUUUGCUGCGAGUGGCCCCUCUGAGCCCAGCCCCUCUCUUCCCCGAGUCCCCUCGUGACCCAGCUCCCCUCAACCCAAGACUGGAGCCCACCUCUGGUGAAAGCCCGGGGGACCCAUGUCAUGCUGGCUCAUACGUUCAGUUCUAUGAUGGACGGGACAGGAGCUCACCACCUCUCGGGCCUCCUCUUUGCGGGAAGAGCCCACCCCGACCAGUGCUGUCCACAGGAAACUACCUCACCCUGAGGCUGGUGACCCGGGGGACUCAGCCCAGAGUUGACUUUGUGGGGGACUUCACUUCCUUUAGACUGGGUUUCAACCAAUCAGAGUGCAACAGUGAGCCCUACUUCACCUGCAGAAAUGGGAAGUGUAUCCCUCUCAGUCUGGUGUGUGAUGAUAAAGGCAUUGACAACUGUGGGGAUGGAAGUGACCUAGAGGAAAACCUGACCACCGGCUGCAAAGCAGGUCAGCUUUUACAUCCUGAACCCCCACCACCAAUGGCAACCCCACCCCCACCUUUUGUGAAUCCACCCACAGUGCCACUUGCCACACAUAUGAAUUGUGGCAUGCCAGGCAGUGCUCCCAGUCAUGAGUCAGUAACAGACUCUCCUGCCUCCCUGUCCCUGUUGGUUCUCUAUAUCAUCCUGGCUGUGGUGGCGGGUGGCAUGGUGUUGUGUUGGUGCUGCUGGUCACCUGGCUGGUUCCUGUGGCGUGUCAGCAUCUGUCGCUUCUUACCCUGCUGCAACGUGGCCUGUGCCUCCUGCCAGCUUUGCACCCAAAGCUGCAUCCAUAGGAAGGAGCACCGACUGGCAAAAGUCACACCACACACACCUGUCAACGGGACCCCGACCGACACAGCAGCCACCACCAACAACGCUGACGAAAAUGUUACCACAGCAGCAGUUUAGAGCUGACUUGUCGAAUCUGUCGGAACUGUUUUGGUUGAUCAGUUUUGGCAUACAAAGACAUGGAUAUGCUAAUGCUGAGCUGUGAUCAGUGGUGAACAUGAACAGUUGCUGCAUUAGUCAGUGUAAUAUGACCAAAAAUCUUUUUAGUACAGGUUGGACUGAUGUAGUCCAGUAUGCCAAACUGGAAUGCGCUAAAGGGAAUUGGUUGAGCUGUGGUUUGUGUGCUUUAAAUGCGAUGAUGCAGGUGACGAGACUGCCGUGUUUGUGUUGUUGUAAGAAGGUAAAGCAGGGUACAGUAUGACUAUGGAUUGUAUGAAUGUAUGAAUGUAUCUGAAAGGACAGGAUUAAGGGUUCCCAGAAUCACUUGAGAAACAUUUUCAUUCACAGUUUGCUUUACCUGUUGAAGUUGUCUUGUAUAUAUUAUGGUGGAAGCACAUUCUGUUUAAGAGACUACUUUUUAAGUUUGCAGCCUAUAACCCUUGGCCAGAACAGACAAUGAAGAGUGUUGUUUGUCAGAUGUUUUUAGUCAUACAUUUCUUUGUUUCUUAUAAAUAUGUUUGGGGUUUUUUGCCUCAUUUUUGAAGUAACAAUUUAGUCACUUGGUGAAACUGCACUUCCAGUCCACAGCUUUGACUAAAAGUCUACCAUGGACACAUGUUAAGGAAACAGGCCCAGAACAAUGUCAGCCACCUGUGACAACAGCUGCUCUCCCCUGGAGAAAUUCCUUCAAACUUUCAACUCUCCCCCCAGCAGUCCACUGUUGUUCCACAUACUGCAUAAGCCAAUGUUAAGUUUGGACAAUAGAGAACAAAGUCACUCAGUAUCUAGCGGUCGACAUCCUGUAGGGAUACAUUUUGUGGUAAAUAAGUAAACUUAUAACAUGCUAUUUUGUGCACAAAAUAAACCUACAUGCAAAAUGAACCAACUUAAUUCAGUAAAUUAAUGUCAGGUGAAAUAGAUUAAAAUGGAGAAAGAGAGAAUUGCAUGGUUGCAGCAUUUUUUAGGAGUGAAACUGAAAAAUGAAUAAAAUAGAAGCUGGUAAAGAUAAUAUGCAGUUUAAAGGGUGGUGAAGAAAGUGAAGUAAUUUUAAGUAGAGAUGAUAAAGAUUUAAUUAAAAAAAUACAAAAAACAGUCAUUCAAAUAUGACUAUUUAGUCAGUGUUUGCAGUGAUUGGAUUAUUUGAUAUUUAUAGCCUUUAAUGUGCACUGGCCAAUGUGUCAAUCAUUGACAAUUGGUCUACCAUGUCUUGAAGUAUUCAAGCCCAGCAUAUAGUUGCUGUCUCAUGAACAAUCCUGACUGUAUUUCAGUGUGUUUGUUUCCCACCAGUGUGUAAAGUUUGUGUGAUAGACAAGCUCAUCAGGGCUUUAUACAAGUGCUCAUUCGCUUUGAGAAUAUUACACUCGCACAAGUGACUGCUGAGCAUGUCAUUCUAAAACCACCGGCAUGGAUCGGCUGCUACAACAGCCUCUGCUCUUCUUUGAAGGCUGUCUGAAAGAUUUGUGAUCCUGGCUGCAGGGAUCUGCUCCCACUCACCCACAAGAGCAUUAGUGAGGUCCAACACCAAUGUCGUGUGACAAAGACUGGCUCACAGCUACCAUUCCAGCUCAUCCCAAAGAUGUUAGAUGUAGUUGAGGUCAGGGCUCUGUGCAGGCUAGUCAAGUUCUUCCAUGCCAAACUGGGAGAACUAUUAUGGAGCUGCCUUUGUGCACAGUGGGCAUUGCCAGUAUUGAGGCAGAAACAUACAACAUACACAAACUGUUUCUAACAAGUAACGCUGCUAAAAUAUCAUUGUAAAUUGUAGUGUUAAGAUUUAUUUAACUUAAUUGCAACCAAGGGGCCUGACCAAAACUAGGAAAAACAUCCCCAGACACAUAAGUACACAUAAGUAGAUCUAUGGAGAGAGGGGUAUCUACAUUUACACUUGUAGUGCAAUAACCUGUUUGCAUGAAUCAUAAAACUGCACACAGAAAGAAAUGGAAACUAAGAGAUGAUGUAUAUCUCUUGAGAUGAUGUCAAUCAAACUCAAAAUAAGUGGUUGAUGUCUUUCUUGUAGAGUCUUCUGUUCUCCUCUGUGCCUCAUAUACAGUAAAGUAUAGUACAGUAGUAGAUUCAGUGCCCUUGUCUUUCUUUACCCAGAUUGAUGCCCCAUGUGAGGGGCAACCUGUGUUCAUGUGUCCACCAGACAAACUUUCUUUGUGGCAUCCUCUAGAUGGAGUAGCUCCAUAACCUUUCCUCACUCUGCCACAAUGUGUGUUGUGUAACCACAUUUCAAAGAGCCCCCUGCACUGUCUUUUUAGGUAUUUUGACUUGUGUCCAUGGUAAGACAUAAGGCCAUAUGCUUAAACAAACACUGCAUUUCUGACCUCCAGGUUGCCAAGCUGCAACACAUUUAAGCAUGCAGACUUCUUUAUCUAUCUCUCUUUCUCCUGAGACUGUACAGAAAUGCACGUGCAUCCUUUCACCCAUCAGACAACACACACACGCACCAAGUACAGUACAGAUCCACUCAACUCACGCACACACACACACACACACACACACACACACUCAGAUAUCCAUGUGCGUCACACUGGAGAAGGUCAGCGCUCCAGCUGGAUGUUCAAACCAACAAGAGUUGUCUCACAUUUGACUUUUAGCUUACAUUUUCUGAACAUGUAAUUUCAUUUCCACAAUCUGUGGAAGUCAAACAUGAUUUUAAGUUAAGGUCGUCAAAGAAAUGUUAUCCAGGCCUUAAACCUGCAUUAAUUAGGAUUUUUUAUAUUAACUAUGGAUCAUCUGAGUGAAAUGAAACACUUCACUUGUAAUGAUAAAUCCACAGAAUUAUCAACCAACAUUGCAGUUCCCUCUGUGUGUGUGUGUGUGUGUGUGUGUGUGUGUGUGUGUGUGUGUGUGUGUGUGUGUGUGUGUGUGUGUGUGUGUGUGUGUCUGUGUUUCUGGCUCUCAUGAACUAUAUUUUAUAAUAUAUCUGCUGGACAAACAGGGAACCGCUGUGUUUCUAUCUUGGCAAAAGUACAUUAUUAUUAAUAAUAAUGCAGCUUUAAAGCAGGUUCAUUUUAUUUUCAAGUGAAUGUAAAUUUAAGAUUUUGAGUAAUUUGAUUUGUACAUCUGAAAUUCAUGAAACUCUACAAGCAGAACAGAGAUGUUGGUUUUCACUUAAUUGUAGCAUAAUGUAUAUAAUGAAGAACUGCAUGAAGUAUUGUUGAGAUAAUGUUUUCUUUCCUUAAAAGUUAUAGGCUACUCUGUUUGUUUUGGACUAGUCAGUGCUUACAGAUUGAUUAACAGUGCUCUUGUCUCAGUGUUAGUCUUAUGUACAUACUGUAAAGUUUUAAUAAAUGCUGCAAAAUGGUAAUAUUGUGUACAGCUAUAUCUGAAUUCCUAGAUUUUACCCAUUCAUUUCCUGUAGCUGGUUAUGAUUUAAGAAAUAAAAUUAACUUUUCAGACUGUAUGACAGUGUUAAACACUGUAUAUUUUUGCAUUAGCUUGGUCCAUCACUUAAUUUAUACUAUACAGUGCUUGGAUUGAGUGAUUUAUUCAAACUUGCAGUUUAAGCAGGAAACAUUCUCCACAAGACAAAUUAAAACAAACCUUGUCCACAGAUUACUUUAUAGUGUUUGUUUCCCAUUUGCAGAUCAGUUAAACUGUGUAUGUUUUCAACCAGCUGAAAAGAAGCGAAAAUGGUUCCUCUUGCCACACAUGGUGGUUUUAAAGCCAAGCUCACAAUGCAAACCAGGAUGCAAUCAUGUCCUGGUCUGUAGCACUGUGCAGUCUCUGGUGCUCUUUAUCUGACUCUGAGGCUGCUUGGUUGACACUGGAGGGGGGGGUUGGCAAAGAGUCAGCAGCUUCACACUGUGUGUGUUGCCUCUGGUAUCCACUGGCAACCUUUCAAGUCAAAUCCCUGCUUCUAUGAAAGACAGAGAAAAAAAAUCUUUCCCAACUCUUUUGUCUCUUUGAUUUGACUCUCUGUAACUGACCUGCCGACCCCUAGUUAAAUUGGUGUGUUGUGCUGCCAGGGGGUUCAUAAUUUUGACAAACGUAUUCACACAAGGUAACCUUUUCUGUUGGGGCAUUAACAAAAAAAAUAUUCGUUAUCUUUUUAAGCAGAGGUAAAGUCUCAUUUUUAUGUCAUACACUUAAACAGCUAAAAUUGAUCCGCUACAGACCACAAGUGCUGCCUGUGCUACCAAAUCCACCUUUGUCUUAUUGUUUAAGGAAUAAUCCACUUAAAGUGUAAUUUCGGCAAUCCCAAAAGCUUUUAGAGUAAGGGAAAACAUGUAGCCUAGUUAGGUGAUCCAUGUAUCUGUGGAGGAAUACAAGUCUGGAAAUGUUUCUUCUUUGCUCAUUUUAUUUUGAUAAGCUGAAGAUCAUAGUUUAUUUACAUUACCAUUUACAUUAUUUUGCAUUAAUGCUUUAAAGGAAGCACUGAUUCACAUACAGUAAGACAACUGUGCAAGGUUAUCAAUUUCAGCCUUCACAUUGGCCAUCCUCAAACUAUUCUUAGACCAAAAAGUGCUGUGUUGACCCAGGGUUAUAUUGGCCUCCCACCCAUGUGUAUUCACGUGUCAGGCAACAUUGUCUGGUUGUCACAUUGUGCUAUCUGAGUGGGCCAUGCUGCUGGUUAGUGACUCAGCUGAAGUGUCUGGGUGAUCCUAUAAACCCUGCAGUCAGCCGUCAAAACACAGGAGCUCACUGAUAAUGGAUGUGCAUUUAGAGAGCAUGCUGCAUUUAAUGCUCAUUCUGUUAAAAAAUCAGGUCAUGGUUUUGAUGUAGGUGACUGACUGUGAGGAGGGUUGAAAACAGGGAAGAUACAACAUUUUUCUCAGGAUGUACAUACAGGGCAGAUGGAACUUUAGCAGCAAUUAAAGUCCUGAGUCAGUGUAGAUAGGUCUCUAUCAGCUUCACACAGCUUGACUUGUGUUUCUGAGGACAGCCUGCACUUGGUAGAUUUACGGAUGUGUCCGACACUCUCCUUUUCUAAUGACUGAUUUAAUUUGUAAGGGAUGUUCAGUGACCUGGAAAUGUACUUACAUACAUCCUCUAAUUUAUUCUUUUCAAUCAGCUUUUUUGCAGAGUGGUUGGGAGUGCUCCUUUGUCAUCAUGGUCUAGGUUUUGCCACACUGACUCACCAAAAGUUGAACUUUUGACAUCCAGAUGUAAAUCAGCUGAAACCCUUUUAAUUUAAUUAAUUAUGCUACUUAUGAAACCAUUCUCCUGCAAGAAUUAUGCAGCUAUUUUUUUAGUCUGUUUUCAUUUUGAUCUGAUGUCACAUUAAAUCUAUUUUUGUUCAGUGUUGUAAAACAAUAAACAUGAAACUUCUAUCAGUUGUGAGUAUUCUAAAGGCCCUGUAACAGGUGGGUGUCUAGUUUAGAAUAAGGUAUGCUGUUUUACGUCUAUUAAAAUACAGAGAAAAUGGAGUCCAUUUAACAGUAUAGACCUGUAAUAAUAAUAAUAAAAUAAUAAUAAUAAUAAUAAUAAAUGAGUUAAAUAUUGAAAAUGUUUUAAAAACCUCUAUACACAUCUAGAAAGUUGAAGUUAUUAUGUAAAGUUAACGAAUGAAACUAUAAGUCUAGAUGAUACAUAAUACUGAUAUUUAUUGAACAUGUACAGCAAACAUUUAAAGGAGUCAGAAGGAGAGUGACAGAGGGAGACCAGACCAAAUAAAUAAAAAGAAUUUCACCAGUAGGAAAAUAGACAAAGAAAAUAAAAAGACAUAUAUGAAUAUUUACAGUAUUUGCACAUAGCAUAAUAUUUACAACAAGUGUUCCUCUGUGAAAAUAGUACGUGGGUGGAGUGGCAGUUCAGACCCAUCCACUAGCCAACAGGCGGUGGUGCUACACAGCAGCUAAUUCAGCCAGGCAGACCCAGCACCGUGCUACCUUCAGGUACUUCUCAUAAAUCUCUAACUUCAAGCUCUUAAAUCGAUAGCCUUAAAUCAUAAAAAAAAAAAAAAAAUCCACACUGUAAGAAGUGGUUCAGUGUGUCUGCUGAAGCCACUGUUUAUUUCUUGUAACUUUGAAUUUUCUGUUUUACUUU